AUGAGUUUUGAUUCUCUGUAUCCAAACCCUACGCCUGGAACCCCCGAGAUAGUGCGCGGGAGCCGUGGGUCCGUCUGGGGAGCACGACGGCCCCCGGGCCUGGUGCUCACCCACGGCAUCUGGGAAGCGGCAGAGCCACCGGCGCUCCGGCCGGGUCCAGCGGUUGGGCUUGGAGAGGCAGGGAGCAGAGCAGGCGGCAGGGGAGGUGGGUCCAGGAGGUUGGGUAUUUCCCCCUGUCCCUCCGACACCGCUGGCCUCGACCUAGAGAAGGGCGGCCAGGCCGCUCCGGCAAAAGCCGCGACUCCGCCCCGGAGUAGGGGCCUCCGGUCUGGGCAGCCCCCCUCGCCCACUCCCAGGGCUGCGCGACCCCCGGGGCGGGCCGUCUGCGCCUGCCCCCCCUUAUCCUCCCUCCCCUCCCCGGCGCAUAUAGCCGCGGGGUCAGCCCACUCUCCCCGACGGCGCCGGGCGGCGGACAGUACCGAUCGGCUGCUCCUGCGCCUCUAUCCCACCCCGCAGCGGCACCCCCAGAUACACCCGGGUGUCUGCCUCUCCGCUUCCCGACAGCUCGCUCCCUACCUUCUUCCUUUCCCGCCCCGCCCCGACAUGGCUCUGUACCUGGCCGGCGAGCUUGUCCCCGGAGACUACAGAGACGAGCUCGGGACUGCCUACUACCUCCCUUUCCACCCUCCCGCCCAGUACUUCGAAACGGCCCCCGACUUCUUCCAGCCCCUAAAAUCCCUGGGUGGGAUGCUCCCCGCCUCCCCGCCUUUGCCCCAGUACAGCUUCAGCAGGGCCCCCACUUUUCUGAGCCAGCCGCCCCCCCUGCCCGCAGAGCCCUUUCCCGGUCUCCCUUUGCCCCACUACACCAAGCCGCAGGACCCCUUCUCUCCCAAGGAAGACUCGCUCGUCGGGGCAGGGGCCCUUGGCUCGCCGGCACAGCUCUACCUGAGCCCCCCGCACAAGGCUGCCCGCAGCCCGGAGGCCGGAGCGCCGGAGGGACAGAACCACAGGUACCACUUCACCGAGGAGGAGCUCAACACGGUGCUGUACGGGGCGCUCCGGAGCAGUCAGCUGGCCGGGAGCAUCCACGCCAUCUCGGGGCCCCGGUUGCCCCCUGCCAGCACGGGUAAGGGGGUCCCCGGCUUGUGCGCAAGGGGCUGCCUGCGCAAGAGAGCCACCGAGGAGCAACAGGGCGGAAGGUCGUUCCUUGCGGCCGGGUGUACGGUGGGGUCUGGGGACAGUCCCCAGAGUGGGGUGCGGGUGGUCCCGCCGGAGCCAUGCCCACCGGACAUCGCCGAGGGCACCUCGGGCUUCAUUUCCCCCGCCCCGCUCCGCGCCCAGCAGUGGCCAAGCCGCGCUCAGCGCGCCCUGUUCCCCGCAGGGCUUUCGGUGCUGCAGGUGGAGUACGGGGACUUGUCUCAGGUCGGAGUCUUCUGCACAGACCCCAUCCCUAAAGGAGUCCGCUUCGGCCCUUUCCAAGGCAAAGUGGUCAGCAUCAGCGAGAUCAAGAUUUACGACGACAACUCGCUGAUGUGGGAGAUCUUUGAAUGCGGUCGCCUGAGCCACUUCAUAGACGGGAAAGGUGCCUCUGGCAACUGGAUGUCUCUGGUGAACUGUGCCAGGUUCCCCGAGGAGCAGAACUUGACAGCUAUCCAGUGCGAGGGGCAAAUAUUCUACGAGAGCUGCAAGGAAAUCUUGCCGAAGCAGGAGCUCCUGGUGUGGUACGGAGAUUGCUACGUGCAGUUCCUGGGCAUCCCGAUCAGCCUGAAGGACGGGGAGGAGCGGAAGAAGCAUCCGGAGGACCCUGAAGAAGCCGGGGAAAGCUUUAAGUGCGACCGCUGCGGCAAGGUUUUUGCCUACAAGUACUACCGGGACAAGCACCUCAAGUACACCCGCUGUGUGGACCAGGGGGACCGCAAAUUUCCUUGUAACCUCUGCAACCGAUCCUUUGAAAAAAGAGACAGGCUGAGGAUCCAUGUUCUCCACGUUCAUGAAAGACAUCGACCUCACAAGUGCUCAGAGUGUGGAAAGAGCUUUUCUCAGUCCUCCAGCCUGAGCAAACACAUGAGGGUUCACUCUGGGGAACGCCCCUACAAAUGUGUGUACUGCAACAAGGCAUUCACGGCGUCCAGCAUCCUGCGCACUCACAUCCGCCAGCACUCAGGAGAGAAGCCCUUCAAGUGCAAGUACUGCGGCAAAGUCUUUGCCUCACACGCAGCCCACGACAGCCAUGUGAGGCGCAUGCACAGCAAGGAGGAGUGCACUUGCUCCGUGUGCGGCGUGCACUUCCUGGGGCAGGAGGAUUACCAAGUCCACCUGAAGAUGCAUGAUGCUUAUUAGUCAAGAACCCUGUGGACAUGUCUUGAGCCAGCUUAUGUGUGUAUCUGUCUAUAUGUGUAUGUGUUUGUUCAUAGUUUUGUGCACAUCGCAGGAGGUGACCCUUACCCUCAUAGUGACUCUUUGGGUACAUUCAGUCCUCUGGACCCUGGGCAUAGUUUCUCACCUGGGUGCACUGAUGCCACCCUGGACUGGGGUAAAAUCCAAGACAUGCUACCCCACC